GUCAGUGCGUCUCCGACCGGCGUGGCGAGCGUUUCGUGUUGCUGUUAGUUUUGUUGUUUGUUAUCUAUUGACAUGACAAGGCUCUCAUUGAAGCUCCUUCUGAUACUCGCGGUAAAUUUAAAACUCAAAUUCAUUCAUAAUUAAAUUGAGUUGCUGAUAAAUGUAACGUAACUAAUGCGGACGGAAAUUCUUAACAACUUGUGAACUCUUUCAAACAGAGAAAAAAAUAAUAUAAAAUAAAAUAAAAAAGUGAAGAAAUAGAGAAGAGGAAAGACUGCGUGUGGCCGCUCUUGACUCGAGUGUCUUUGCACAAGUUUUUAUUUUUUUUUAACAGUUUCUUUAAUCAUUAUUUUUUAAUCCUAAUUCAGUUUAUAAAUUUAAAUUUUUAAAUUCUCCCGGUUAAUGAGCGAUAAAUAAUUUUUUAAAAAAACGAUCAACAAAUGGUGGCCACAAUCCGGGUGGUGAGUUCGUAGAAAAAUUUAAAAGAUGGGCUCUGAGAGAAUAAUAAAUUAGUGAGUGUAUACAUGGUUUUUAUUUUAAUAUUUUUUAUAUCGUAAAAAAAGGAUACGUAGUUUUUAUUUAGUGUGUUUUUAAAUAAUUAUGGUUAAAUUAUUUACAGAGCCGGCUGGCAAUAAACCAUUAUGGUUUAAGUUUUAUACGUGCUCUGUGUGUGUACGUCAAAAUGUUUAUUACAAUAAUAAUAACAACAAUAAUUGACAAAAGUUAUAGGUUUUGUCAAAAGCCCACAAGUCCGCAUGUGCGGAGUAAACUUGUUGAGUGCGCGAUGACGUGACGUGUGUGUUAAUAAUUAUUUAAAAUAAAUAUAUUUAUAUAUAUAUAUAAUAAAUUAAAUAAUAAUAAUUUAUAAAAUAGCAGAGGGGAGUAAAGAAGAAAUAAAAAAAAAAAAAAAAAAAAAAUAAAGUGAAUUAUACAAGUGAGUUACACAUAUGAAAUCGCGUGUGCCCUGGCCGUUUUCGCACGGGAACUCGUACCAAGAAAGCCGUCGGAGCAUCCACUGAAACCAGACGGAUUAAAACCUCCCCCAUCGUCAGAAAGGGAAAAUACUAGUAUGAACAUGAGUAACCACCUGGCAAUUUUCUCGACAAUUUUCUUGGCUAUUAUACGGUCAAUGAGAAGGCGCGUUUCUUUAAACAAGUUAUUGACAUCGUGAUGCCCUUCCAACAACAACACCAACACUGACACCAUCAUCAUCAAUACCGACAUCGACAUCGUCUGGUAUUAUCAACUACAACCGAGCAAUUCAACACUCGAUUCUUGAGCCGUGUCUAACUGCAUAUAAAUACACGAGUCCUUCAGUUGAUGACAGUGGCAAGCACGUCAACGCCAAGCCCACCAGUUAGUCCCAGCGCCAAUGACAUGGACUGGUUUGCCGGAGUUGCUGAAGAAGAGUUACUCUAUUACACAAAUAAUGACGUUGAUUCACUGUGGGCUGUGAUAGGAAGUUUUGUUCCACCGCCUCCUAGACCACCAUUUCUUCCUGAAGAACGGAUUGCUACCGAUGGACUUACCACCUGCGAUUUGUGUACCUGGGCAUUGAGAAAUGACAGGCAUUCCUCUUUUUCUCUCGAUGGUACUCUCGAAGCCCCUGGAGAGUUUGGAUGGGUUCUUACGCUGAUAAUAGUGUCUCUGAUAUCCGCGGCCAUCGGAGCUGUCAUCAUGGUAACGCUUCUUCACUGUCGAAGAAUGAAGAGCGCUGGCGGCCGAGCAAGCUGUUGCGGAGUCGGUGUAGAAGACGCGAAUCCCCAGGAACCAGUUAGUCCCGGAGCCGUCGGUGUCGCCGGAGGUGUUUCUGUUAUCCCCGAACGCCCGCCACUGGAGCUCGAUAAAUUACCGCCUUAUCACGACGUUACACCAACUCCCGGUCACAAUGUUUGGUCAUGGUUGGGAUCAAGACGUGGAGGAGGCGCAGCAGGGGUGGUUGCAACCCCCCUGAGUCUGCCUCCACAUCGGUGUGCAAUGAAUCUCCCCGUAGAGAACCAUUACACCCACAUGCAAACAGACGAGGCGCUGUACGCAGAACUGGACUCACAAACGGCAAGUUAUGCGAGUGAUCUACAGUUACAAUUGAGAGGCAGCUCGACUUACGGCGGUCGUGCAACAACUCCCGGUGACGAAGAGGAAGACGAGUAUCACGAGCUUGACGCCGCGCGAUUGCAUCGCAGGUACAGCGGAGACAGUCAAAACGGGACACUUAAAGAAAGGCGACACAAUCAGAGGUUACAAGAGCCGGACUACGAGAUGUACGAGAAUGGCCCGUCAACGCCAUUAUCACUAAAUCGUCACCCGAAUCACCAGCAUCACCUACAGCAUCACCAUCACCACCACCAUCACCUCCAGGGCCUGAGAACAACGAGCACUGCCAGCGAAGUAAACCCGUCUUACCAGAAUACCGGGUACACGGGCAGCGACGCAGACCUCGACGGACCUUUUCUCUCAAGCGCGCCCAGCAGCGCGUAUUACAGUGACCUGAGUUCAAACUCUGCAAACAAUCAGCAGCAACAGCAAUCAUCAGGAGUUACGUUGCCCGCAAGUAUAACAGCUCAGACACAAACAGCGACAACCAACUUAACGUGUCACCAGGCAACUGCGACGACGGAACCUCAGUACCGGUUAGCUGCCAUUACCGAGACAACGACACCGUCCGACUACAUUUGAUUUCCUCGACAGAAAUCACAGAACUAGUUAGAUAUAUUACAUUAAUUACUUUUAACUACGGAGACAGCCAACUCACGCGAGAUUUAAAUCUUAAUGUUUUGUUAAGACGAAACCAACAAGGCUGUGGGAGACAACACUUGUUUGACAAGUUAAGUCUCGAAAAAUUAUAUACUUAUUGCUGCUAAUAAAAAUAAUACUAGUCCUCCAGAGACUUGUAUAUAUAUAAUAUUUAAAAAUAUUUAAGUAAGAAAGUAAGAAAAGCCAAAGAGCUUUGUAAGAACAACACCUCGUACUCGUUAUAUGUAUAUCGGUUUAAGUUUUCAAAGGAUAUUUCAAAUUGCUACGCAUCGAUGAUCACUCAUUGUAACCUAAUAGACACGUAAUAUCCAUCGCCUCUGGUAAUAAUACACCCGAAUGGCCGGAGCGACAUUAUGUACCAACGUCGUAGAUGAUAAUUUAACUUUUGUUGAGCAAAGGAGCAAAAAAAGGAUAAUAAUGCCGCUAUACUUUUGUAAUCUUGGAUCUAAUCGGCUGUAAAUCUGGUCUCCUCCCAUUCACCCACAUCUACUGCUGUAGCAUCAUCACCGGCACACCACAAACACCAUCGCCAUCACCUGACCUUGUUCAAUUCUCCGUCGUUACUCGAGGGUCAAUAUAUAUAAAUAUAUAUAUAUUGGAUUUAGACUUUCGACUAACUUGCACUUCAAUUGGCUCGCCGACGAAUUAAGAGUAAUCACAAGUUCACUCUGUCUCGGUUUUUAGGAGAACAACAAUAAGAAUAAGAGAGAAAUAAAAAUAAGAAAAGAGAAGACGAGAGAAAAAAAGAGAAGUUAAGAUAAAACAGCAGAAGCCAAAGGCUCCGGCAACUCACGAAUUUAACAGUACGAAUGCACUCUCGAUUAAGUUAUUUCGUGGAACAGGUGUUUCGUAAUUCGACGUUUGUGCCCGUGAGGAACACCGCCCCGUCUUUCUUCAUCUCAUUUAGUUUCCCUCGGUCUUUCACAUCAAAUCUCCUUUUUAUUCCGCCGCAAAAUCUUAACCGUCUACUCCACUCUUCUCUCUCACUGUUUACUUGCAUUACCCGCGCACGCAACAAUACAACACGAAUUCACGCGGAACUGGUUAUCUUAUUUUUUAUUAUUUAACUUAUAAUAUACAACAAUAAUAAAUCUACUCAAAAGAUUUUUAAAUUCAUCAUCAAUUACAAUACCGUGUUAUUACUGCGUUGUAAAUGUCUGGGACAAAAAUAAAAAUAAUAAUAAUAAUAAUAAUAACAACAAAAGAAGAAAAAUGUCUAAAAAAAGAGUAAACGAAAAUAAAAUAACAUAAUUACUCUUUUCUUCGUGGCGCUGAAAGAAUUUAAAAAAUCUGGUGAUCCCGGUAACUCCCUCCGGACAUCAUUAAUGCUUCUUUAAAGUGCAUCGUGGCUAGCAACUCUUAGAUGCACCACAUUACAUAGUUAGUCCUCGUACGCCGUUGUUAAUAUAUGUGUAAAUACUUACACACAUGCUCAGUAACAUCAGCUACAAUAACAACUACCUGCUUAUACGCAGUUUUAAUUUAUUAGUUACUUGAAUAAGUAGUCCCAGUACAUGGAGUAUAUACUUCUGGUGUAUGUAAUACUUUAGCGUAACUCUUUUAGCACACGUAGUCUUGUGUGUUGCUCUGUAUGUGUGGUAAAAAUAAAAAUAAUAAUAGCGAUAAUGAUAAUAAUAAUAAAACAAGUGGUGUGCGAAUGCCGAUAUGGUGAACACCACAUAGUAUUAAGUGUAUAAAGUUAAACGAGUAUAAGAAUAAGAAUGAGAAUGAGAAUGAGAAUGAGGAUAAGAGAAAGGGAAAGGGAAGUUACGGGAUUGCUAAGCGCAACAGAUGCAACAAUGCUCGGUACCUUGCAGCCACGCAGUAAUUAAUUGCGCCCUUGCAGUCACAAUACACCGAGCACCGAGCUCACAAGGAAGUUACGAUGCGAGAAAACGAAUAAAAAUAAAAAAAAGGUGGAAGGUACAAGAGGGCGGUGGCUCUUCUCGUACUGCAUUAUUUAAACCGUUAAAAAAUCCCACGAGUCUCAUCCUCGGAUCCUGGAGCUGCUGCUGCUGCUGCUUAUAUCGCAGCACACUCUUAUGCAAUUUUUAUUUAUUCUUAGUUAAACUUCGACGCGUUAAGUACCGUCGCUUAUCGAUCGGCGAGGUAUUCCGUGACACGGCAGCUUAUCGGAUUUUCAGAUGUCUAAUUAGAGAUAUAUCGGGUAUGUGAGAAUCAACAAGACUUUGGCUGUUCCCAGAGAUAAGUAUUUUUUUAGUUAAUUCUUUUAAAUAAAUAUAUGGAUGAAUAAAAGCUAAACAAUUAUAAAAAUCUGUUUCUUUUAAAAAGAAAUUUUAAAUAUUAUAAUUACAGUAACAAUAACAAUUAUAAUUAUGACAAAUGUAUCAGUAUGUGUACAUUAUAAGUAGCGAGUUAGUUAUAAUAGUUGUAAAGUGUGAUAAAAGUUAUGUUUUAAUGUAACUUGUAUGUAUUACAUCUGUAUAUGUUGUCUAAAUUAUUUAUGUAUGAGUGUAAUGUAAAUGUAAAUACAUAUGUAUAUGUUUAUGUACAUGUGUAUGCUCUGUGUGUAAUUUCUAGUUUAUUACAAUGAAUGGUAUUUAAGUGUGGUAAAUAUAUAAAUAUGUGUUAUGUGUAAUAUUUAAAUGCGAGGAUGUUGAGUGAAAAUUUUAAAAACCGCAGAUAGAGUCUGGGAUUUUAAGAAAAAAGGAAAAGGCAUUAAAUGGUCGGGGAACGGAGGUGGUGCACAUGGGAGAGACUCGCAGACUUGUCCAGGUUCCCUUGGUGUCCGCCCUUAGUCUGCGUUAACUUAGACGAGGUAUAUAAAUUAUACAUGUAAAUAUACGGGCGGCCCAAACCCGGAGAUCGAAUGCUCAGAUAUCGAUAUAUGUGCAAGCGACCCCCUCGUACCCUUAUUUCCUCUUAAUAUUUUUUUUAUUUAUUUAUUAUUUUUUUGUCGGUUAUUUUUUAUUCCCGGGACUCACGCACCCACUGCCAUACCGAUUUUUAGAGCCGAUAUAUUUUAUUAUUCCGUGUGCGGCAAUAAUCUUUUACACCGUCCAUCCUCUCAAUAUUCCUCCUUAUCUCCAGCUGGAUUAUA